UCCACCAAUGGUCGAUCCAAGGAUGAUAUCCAAAGUCCGGAACGACGCUGGUGCAGACCUUGCCACCGGAGAAGUCGCAGUUAUGAUCACAGUCCCUGACAUGGAGGUAAACGGUAUCGUCGAUAUCGUAGGAUUUGAUGUAGAUGAUACGGACAUUGAAGACGAGGGCAUCGAGGACGAGAGCAUUGAGGACGAAGCGAUGUUGAGCGACGCGGAUACAGCAGGCUUAGCUGAGAUCGGAGGUGGAGGUGACGAAGUUUCAGUGGUAGCUGGGGUGACGUUCUCGUCGGAUGAUGACGUUUCCAACAUGGUGAUUGGCAGAGGCGUCGGAAACGUAGGAUCAAAAGUAGUCCCCGUCGGAGUAAGCGACUUCGCGUUCGAGGAGAAGUCCUCUUGACUGUGA